UGACAAUACUUCAUAGUCAUUUUGAUAAGUGCAAAUCUAAGAUCUCAGAUUCUCAGGUGCAAAUAUGCUUACUAAAGAGUAUCGAAUAUGCAUGCCAUUAACCGUUGAAGAGUACAAAAUUGGUCAGCUGUACAUGAUUGCGCGACAUAGCCUUGAGCAAUCAGAAGCGGGGAAUGGUAUAGAAGUUGUAGAAAACAAACAGUGUUAUAAUUGUGAACAUGGAGUGGGACAAUAUACAGAAAAAAGGAUUCAUCUGUCAAGUCGCCUGCCAUACUGGCUCCAAACCUUUUGCCCUAGAGUGUUCUAUAUUGUUGAAAAGGGAUGGAACUACUAUCCUUUUACUAUAACAGAAUAUACGUGUUCAUUUGUUCCAAGACUUAAUAUAACAAUUCGAACAAAGUUUGAAAACAACGCUGGUUCCUCUGACAAUUGUCUAGAUUUUCCUGUCGAAAGAAUAGAAGAACGAAAGGUCGAUUAUGUAGACAUAGCGUUCGAUGAAUUGAAUCCAAAGCAUUACAAGAAAGAAGAAGAUCCAAAGUUUUUUAAAUCAGCACGGACCGGACGUGGUCCAUUAGUAGAAGGCUGGCGUGAGACCGAUAAACCGAUAAUGUGCUCCUACAAGCUAGUACAAGUUUCUUUUGAGGUUUGGGGCCUGCAAACUAAAGUUGAGGAAUACAUCCAACAAUGUAUCAGAGAUAUUUUGCUACUUGGUCAUCGACAAGCUUUUGCUUGGAUUGAUGAAUGGCUUUGGAUGUCCAUUGAUGAUGUGCGUGAAUACGAGAGCAGAAAACAGGUGGAAGCAAAUCGAAAAGUUUUGUCUUGCGAAGAACAAGACCAAACAUUUGUGACGUAAGUGAUGUAAAUUCGGUUAGUGUGUAGUGGCAUCACCUUUAUAUUUUAUAUACCAUACAUUCACUUUGGCUUCACACUUCACAAUACACACAUACUAAAAAAGAACAAAAUAAAUCU